AUGCGUCUGUAUGCCCUAACGAUACUGCGAAGACGCAGUGAUGAAACCGAGCCGACGCUUCUGAGCGCUGCCUACGAACUAAGCGACUUUAACUACUUCCAGCGGAGUAGCGUACGCGAGUUUGCUGCCUUCUUUGCAAAACUGAUUGCGAAGCGAGUCACACUCGGAGAGCGCCUAUCUGUGGAUCACGAGAACUACGUAUGUUACGCUUACGCUCGUGUGAAUGGCGUGAUCGCAGUUGCGCUAUGCGAUGCGGAAUAUCCACAACGCGUUGCAUUUAGUCUCCUGGGGCAGGUCCUGGAUGAGUUUCGCCGAACCUUUCCCGAGUCGCAGUAUCUCCAGGUACCUGCAGAAGCGAUCCAAGUACGAGAGUUUCCGUACCUCGCGGAUCGUCUCCAGAGGUACCAAAAUCCCGUGGAAGCGGAUCCUCUAAUGCGGAUCGAGAAAGAUCUCGAUGAGACGAAAUCCACCCUGCAUCAAACUAUCGACAGUAUACUGGAGCGCGGCGUCAAGCUCGAUCAGUUGGUGGACAAGAGUAACGAUCUUUCAUUGCAGAGCAAGAUGUUUUAUCGCACGGCACGGAAACAGAAUAGCUGUUGCAACCUGUCGUAG